AUGCUGACACAGAACUUACCAACAGUGUACCGCAUGUUUCUCGGUGAUCUUGAGGUUGUCCAACGCGAGCUACACGAGCAGUAUGGUCCUCUUAUACGCAUUGCUCCAAACGAAGUUAGCUCCAGCGAUUCAGACGCGAUAUCACUCAUCUACACUACCCAGAAACCUUUAACCAAGACGGACUGGUAUGUUUCUUUCCGCCCACGAGGUAUAAGCGAGCACGCAGACCUCUUCACCGAGACAGACGAAGAGAAGCACACCAGGUAUCGUCGGAUUGUUCAGCCUGCCUAUCAAAUGGUCAGCAUUCUGAAGCAUCAAGAUGCGAUCGAUGAUUGCACAAACUUGUUGAAAGUGCGACUGGACAAAUUUGCCAAAACAAACGAAGAGGUAGAUCUGGGGCUUUGGCUCGAACUAUUUGCUCAUGAUGUAAUUGGGCACAUCCUUUUCGGCCACUCCUUUGGUUUCUUGGAGAAAGGUACACAUGUGGAUUCCUUUAUUGAAUCUGUACACAACGCUGCCCCGCUUCUUGCUUUCAGUACUGCGGCACCGGCCUACAUGCGCAGCAUCAUCAUGCUGGCCGCCAUGUGUGUUCCUAGUAAUUUGAAGCAGUUCAAAGGCGUACAAGCUACCGUGGUGGAAGCUAAACGCCAGACACAACUUCGACUACAACGCUCGGCAGAAGCGGACGAUCAGAGUCAAGACAUCCUUGCUCAGCUCCUGCGUAAAGUGGGACAGAAAGAUAGUGAAGCUUGGUUCACACACAAAGAAGUCACACUGGAGUCUUGGGCUGGUAUUAUGGCUGGCGCUGAUUCUGUCGCCGUCAACUUGAGGGCAGUUUUAUACUACCUUAUAAGGACGCCCGAUGCCAUGUCUAAAGCGACCCAGGAACUACAGACCCAGCAACACCUCCUCAGCGCACCUGUCAGCUUCGCGGAAUCAACGAAGCACCUACCGUAUAUUAGUGCGUGCAUUAAAGAAGCCUCUCGCCUUUUUCCAAGUACCGGAUUCAACAUGAGUCGUAUAGCUCCUGCACAGGGUAUUACCCUGUCUGGCGUCUACAUCCCGGCUGGAUACCACGUCGGUAUCAAUCCGCAGAUAAUACAAUACGACAAGAAGCUCUUCGGCGAAGACGCUUUGGAGUUUCGACCAGAGCGCUGGCUAGAGAGCGAGGCCAGAAAAAUUGAGAUGGAAAGGGGGAUGCUGCUGUUCGGUGCAGGAAAGAGAACAUGUAUCGGGAAGAACGUUGCCUUGGCGGAAGUUCACAAACUCGUUCCAGAGCUCCUCCGCUGUUUCGACAUGCGUAUGGCUCAUGAUCGACCCUGGAAGACGUUCAAUGCUGGGUUUGUGAGGCAAAGUGAUGUCGUAGUCAGGCUUGCUGUACGCUAG